GGGGGGACUCCUGAAGUACGUCCGACCCUUCUUGAACUCCAUCAGCAAAGCAAAGGCAGCCCGCUUAGUCCGGUCUCUGCUCGAUCUGUUCCUUGAUAUGGAGGCAGCUACAGGGCAGGAGGUUGACCUGUGUUUAGAGUGUAUUGAAUGGGCCAAAUCAGAGAAGAGGACUUUCCUACGCCAGGCUCUGGAGGCGAGGCUGGUCUCUCUGUACUUCGAUACCAAGAGGUACCAGGAAGCCCUGCAGCUGGGCUCCCAGCUUCUUCGGGAAUUGAAAAAGAUGGAUGACAAGGCAUUGCUGGUGGAAGUGCAGCUACUAGAAAGUAAGACUUACCAUGCCCUGAGCAAUCUGCCAAAAGCAAGAGCAGCCUUAACCUCUGCAAGGACUACAGCCAACGCAAUCUACUGUCCACCGAAGCUGCAGGCAGCGUUAGACAUGCAGUCAGGCAUCAUCCACGCAGCAGAAGAGAAGGACUGGAAAACAGCUUAUUCCUAUUUCUACGAGGCGUUUGAGGGAUACGAUUCGAUUGACAACCCAAAAGCCAUCACUGCACUGAAAUACAUGUUGCUCUGCAAAAUCAUGCUGAACAUCCCAGAAGAUGUGCAAGCAUUAGUGAGUGGAAAGCUUGCUCUGCGGUAUGCAGGAAGACAGACAGAAGCACUAAAAUGUGUGGCACAGGCCAGUAAGAACCGGUCACUGGCAGAUUUUGAAAAGGCUCUGACAGACUAUAAGGUGGAGCUCAGGGACGACCCCAUCAUAAACACUCACUUGGCUAAGCUUUAUGAUAACUUAUUGGAACAGAAUCUGAUCAGAGUCAUCGAACCCUUCUCCAGAGUACAGAUUGAACACAUAUCCAGCCUCAUCAAGCUCUCAAAGGCUGAGGUAGAAAGGAAACUGUCACAGAUGAUCUUGGACAAGAAAUUUCAUGGCAUCCUUGACCAAGGCGAGGGAGUCUUGAUCAUCUUUGACGAACCCCCCGUAGACAAAACUUACGAAGCUGCCCUUGAGACUAUUCAGAAUAUGAGUAAAGUAGUGGAUUCGCUCUACAACAAAGCCAAGAAGUUAACAUAGAGUUGAAUUUGCUAGCUGUCAUUUGGAGAGUGUGUGUGACAGGAGAGUGAAACCUUUGGGAAAAUGUUAGGAGAAUUUUUUUUCUUUUGUUUUUUUCCCUUUUUUUUUUUUCCUCUCUCUUUGUUCUACUUUUCGCUCGGAAAGUUUUUAAACUUCCUCAUCCGGUGCAUCUUGUAUUCCAUACGAUGCGUGUUCCAGUUUCCAUGUAAUCUUUACUGGCCGAACUUUGUAUCUGGGUUGGGUAGGGGAGGUGGGGGGGAGAUAUUGUUUAAACAAAGAGGGUAUUCUAAAUAAAAGGAAAAAGGCUUACACUA